AAAAAACAACUUUACAGUUGUACCAUCCUUACCAAUCUCGACCUUUAAAGCCAAGAAAUAGGGAGAACAACUUUUCUCCCCUUGAUCUGAGACCUUUCCACAAACUGAAGGGCAGCCAGCAGCAUAUGCUUUUUGCGAGAAUAAUUGAAAACCAACUGGAGAACACAGAAUUCUUUUGAAUCUCUGCCAGUUAUUUGAAGUAACUUCGACAGAGGAACAAAAUAAAACACUCAAUAUUUUAACCUUUAUGGUUGCCUUCUUAAAGGAGUUGGUCUCUAAUUUGAUUUUUAGUUAUUCUGAUACAAUUUUUAUUUUAUGAUUGGCUUUUUGUUUGACUAGACCAAUAUUGACUUAAAUUUAAAACCUAAGUGCGAACAACGAAACAUUUCACGAAAGCAACCUGUUAUCUCUUCACAUUUAGCUUGAAUUCGUUUUUAACCUUUUAACAACAGCGGUAAUAUUGUCCUAGAGAGGGUGCACUUGAUUUUAACUUUGCUUUCACUAUGACGGCUGUCAACGUUACCUUGGUUCGUGAUACCAAGUGGCUGACUUUAGAAGUCUGUAGAGAAUUUCAGAGAGGAACCUGCUCUCGAGCUGAUGCAGACUGCAAGUUUGCCCAUCCGCCAAGAGUUUGCCAUGUGGAAAAUGGUCGUGUGGUGGCUUGUUUUGAUUCUUUAAAGGGUCGGUGUGCUAGAGAGAACUGCAAGUACCUUCACCCUCCUCCACACUUAAAAACACAGCUGGAAAUUAAUGGACGGAACAAUCUGAUUCAACAAAAGACUGCUGCAGCCAUGUUCGCCCAGCAGAUGCAAUAUAUGCUCCAAAAUGCUCAAAUGUCAUCACUUGCUUCUUUUCCUAUGACUCCAUCACUUGCAGCUAAUCCUGCCAUGGCUUUCAAUCCUUACUUACCUCAUCCUGGAAUGGGCCUGGUUCCUGCCGAACUGUUACCAAAUGCACCUGUUCUGAUUUCUGGAAACCCGCCUCUCGCAUUGCCAGGAGCUGCUGGUCCAAAACUGAUGCGUUCAGAUAAAUUGGAGGUUUGCCGAGAAUUUCAACGUGGAAAUUGUACCCGUGGUGAGAACGAUUGCCGCUAUGCUCACCCCACAGAUGUUUCCAUGAUUGAGGCAAGUGAUAAUACUGUGACUAUCUGCAUGGAUUACAUCAAAGGUCGAUGUUCCCGGGAGAAAUGCAAGUACUUUCAUCCUCCUGCACACUUGCAAGCCAAACUCAAGGCAGCUCAUCACCAGAUGAACCAUUCAGCUGCCAACGCGAUGGCCCUACAGCCUGGUGCACUUCAACUGAUACCAAAGAGAUCGGCACUUGAAAAGACCAAUGGUGCCACCCCGGUCUUUAAUCCCAGUGUUUUCCACUGCCAACAGGCUCUGGCUAACCUGCAGCUCCCGCAGCCGGCUUUUAUCCCUGCAGGGCCAAUACUGUGCAUGGCACCCGCUUCAAGUAUUGUGCCCAUGAUGCACGGUGCUACACCUACCACUGUGUCUGCAGCAACAACACCUGCCACCAGCGUUCCCUUCGCUGCAACAGCUACAGGCAAUCAGUUGAAAUUCUGAACAACAGAGUUAUGGAGUAUCAGAAUCUCUCCGUGAGAACCUCCAUAUGGCCUUUCUAUAUAUAUUCUCGUAUGUCUUCUUCUACCAACACAAUAAGCGUGGUGCAGUUAAUAUACUAAACAAAACAAACAUACCAACCAACAAAUUCAAACAAAAAAUGAAGCAUUAUGCAAUCAAUGCAGAUGUUAAAACACAAAUAGAAAACUAAUAACUACUGCCUAUCUUAUUUGAAUUAUUAGGUAGACUAUGACCCUAAAAUUUUCAAUUUGUUACAUUAUUCUUUGUAAUUUUCCAAUAACCAUUAUGCUGGGUGAAUUUCCACAGUGAACUGUUGGCUUACUGUGCAUUCUUGGUGGAUAAAUGUUCGUCUGUUUUGAAGUGUUACCUUACUGUUUUGUUUACACAGUAGUCUAUUGGGUUAAUUUAGAAUGUAACAGAUUUAUCCAGUACCAUUUUCCUCAUUAUUAUACUGUAUUGUAUUGUGGUGUGUUGUGUUCUGUUAGGUUUUUACAUACGAUAGUGUUUUGCUGUAUAUGUGUGGUGGUUGAUUUCAACUAAACUGUUAUUAAUGGGAAACAGAAAUAUAUGUGCUUAAAAAACAUAACAGGUUAGGUUAAUGUUAAUAUGCUCCCUGUUUCUUUAGAAUAUUUCUGUAGGUUUCUUGGGGGAGACAUUUAAAAGGCCUCACUUUUGCGUGUGCACAAAACCUGUUCAUACACAUGCUUGUGUUUAAUUUGUACCUGCAGAUCUGACCCUGCAUAAUGUGAUCACAUUACUAGAUUUUUUGUGAGAGAGAAAUAAUUACUUGCAAAAAACAGGACACUUGUUAAAACAUUAACCCCUAAUUUCACUCCCUAAAUAGCUUGAAAACCUAAAACUUACCUUUAAAAUGAAUUUCUCAGCAUUUAUACUAAAAAUUAUGUAAAGUGCCCAUUACAUUUUUUUGUGGCUCAAGGAUCCUGUCUCCUAGGUUGAGUGUCUAAAACUGAGCCAUUUGUCAUCUUCAGCUGAGAAAUUGGUACUUAGAGGCUUAAAGGUAUGCUAAUUACAGGUUAUGAAUUAAAUAGGGAGAGGGACGUGAAGAUAGUUUUUACAUAUUGGAGGAAAGUGUGUAAAAACCAUUACAAUGUAACCUUUUACACAAGUGCCGUUUUCCGAAUGCAAAUGGCUCAUGCUCUUUAGACUACUCUUGAAUAAUAAGUAAGAUGCAAUCUAGCAAAAGUCAGUGAGGGUGAAAGAGAAUUGGUUCUAAGUAAGGCCUUUCCUCUCCAAAUGGACAAUCUUUUCUAUUGAUCACAGUUGGAGCCUGAGUAUAGGUGUGGAGAAAUGGCAGAGGGGGGAGGGGGGCAGGGAAAUGUUUCAAAUUGUUCUUUGAUUUAUUUAAAAGUUUAGGAAGGAUGUGCACAGUUGUCUUUCGCUUCAGUUCAUCUGAGUUUCGUUUUGUUCAACACAUCAGUGAAGGAGCAAGCACCUGUGAUAGAUGUCAAGUGUUGCCUUGACCUCUCCCAACUUUAUUAACAACAGAGUCUCUCACAUCAUAAACAAGCCUUUGUUUGUUUGGAUUUGUUUGUUUUAUAUGUAGUUGAAUAUUAUAAUAGGUUUUUAGCACCCUUUUGAUAAGAGAGUGGCUACACUCCGCAGAGCUGAGCUGAAUCCACAUUGCUAAUACUUAUAAAAUAAUUUUAUAACCAAGUAAAAUAGUAAUUAAUUCAUAUUGUAUGUGGCAUACCUCCUCCACUCUACUCAGUUAUUAAAAUUACUAUUAUUAUACAGUGGUGGAACCAUAUGAUAUUUUGCACCAAUUUAGAUAGAUUUAAUAUUUUCUACUAAAUAUAUAUUUUCUCGCUGGAAAAUAUAAAAUCAUCACAUUUGAUGUGUACAACAGGUUUUUUUUCCUUCAUGGAAAUGUCAAGCAAAGAGAAAAUCUGAUUUAGGAUAUUGUAAGCCGGCAGUAGUGUUUGAAUCACAGAACAAUGGAGUUGGCAAAACCUUUUCACAGUUGAUGAAACUGAGGCCCAGGGCAUGUGACUUGCCGAAGGCUACCUAGCUAGUUGGUGGCAGUCAGACCCCAAAAUAUCUCCUGGCUCUCACUUGUUCCUCCGUUUCAUGUUGUUUGUGCUUCAAAACAUUUGAGACUCUAUCCUAAAGCAGAUCAAUUUGGCUCAGAAUACAAAAGAGCAAAAUUAGCUCUUUGGUAGUUGAUAUCCUGUUGAUCUUAAUAUCAAUCCAAAUUAUGAUCAUCAGUGAUUUCUAAAUGCUCUUGCUUGUAUAGCGCCAUUGUCAUCUCUUAACAGUAUUGCCUGGAGUUAGAAAACAAGAAAUGUCCUGACUUUUACCUAUUGAUUCUUUGAACUACUUAAUUUCUGUUUCCCAAAAUCUUAACAUUGUUAAAGAAGAAAGUAGAGUAUGCCUUUGUGAAAUUACUUGUGUAUGGAACUGAGUUUUGUAUAAAGCUGUGCCACUGCCUCUCCAGAAGGGCAGAUCUGAUCACACAAAUCCAGGAAGGAUGCACCUGAGCUAGUCUGGAUGUAUUCCUUAAAAGAGAUAGAGACGUUUUAAGUGCAAAAUGAACUUUUUUGUGUAGUUUGACAUUUUGAUGCAACGAACUGUCUCAUUUAACUUUUUAAACCUCUGACGAAGAUGUACAUUGACAAUAAACCCAGAGUACAGCGGUUUUCAUGUUGCUUUAAGCUCUGGAAGACAUUAAUAAUGACAUUUUUUAGUAAGAGGUUUAGUGAGGGAUAUUCAGAGCAGUUGUAUUUUUGGUGCCACAAUUUUUUAUAUUGUUGGCAUUUUAAAAGUUACUUUGUAAAUGAAUUUAAAGAAAGAAAAUUUAAAGCACUAAAGUUUUGAUCAGAUGCAAAAGAAUUUUGACAUAAAUGCAAUUUUAAGAUAGCACUCUUUAAACUAGUUGUGCAAUGACUUAUUCAAGUUGUCUUUAUUCAAGAAAAGAAAAGAAGAAAAGUAAGUCAUUCGACUAUAAAUUUCCAGUGAAAAAGACAAGUCACAAAACUAAUCAGUGACUCUAAACGAAAAUUUACUGGAUGAAUUGUAUAUAUAAAAUUCUAAUCACCUGUGAUUCUAGUUAACAUUUUAUAAGCUUUGUAAUUUACAAGGGCCUCUAUUUUUAUUUAUCCACAAUUAUUGUUUUUGUUCAUAUCUCUCAGCCUUUUGCAAAAAUACGCAAGAGUGCUGAAACUUGGAUAAAUCAGGUCAUGUAUACAGAGAAUAUAAUCUAAAAGUUAUCUUUUAAGAGGAUUUUAGUAAUGUCAAUUUUUUU